UCAUUUAGCAGUAUUUUAAGCUAAGGUUGUUUGGACCUAAGUACUUGUUAACAAUGAUUUAUUCGCUUUUUUCAUCCGUUAUAAAAUUUCUGUGAGAUGAAUAAGAACUAUCCGCGUGAAAUACACAUUCAAAAUGGAAAAUAUUUAUCUAAUCGAAAUGCCUUGAACAAUGCUGUGAAAGAAAACAGCAAGUUAGGAAGAAAUGUAACUAUUCACUGGUGUGACUCUCAAAUGUCUUAUCAUGAGCUAUCUCGAGAAUAUACUGGAGUUGAUAUACGCAACAACGAAUUGCAAAACAACGAAUAUCUUGCUGCACCUGGUGGUCAAUUAAGAACUGCUAUUUCAGAAGUAGAAGGUCUAGACAGAUUUGCAAAACAGUAUUCGGAAGAGAAAUCUUCAACGCCACCCGAAAAAAGUGGUCAAAUGAAUGGUCAUCCUAAUAAACCUGAUCCCAACUAUGUUUCUACAGAAUCCCUUUCCUUAAUUAGAAAGGAUCCUAGCCGUAAAAGCAAUCAACAGCCUGUACAAAAGCGACCAGAUAGUUUGACAGUUUUUGAAAAAUUGUGUUUAAAUUUCUCUAAAGAUUCAACUUAUAAAAAUGAAAUACGAGCUGGAAAACGAUUAGGAUUUUAUCGAUUUGUUCUGGAUAUUGGCAGAGGGAACUUUUCAAAAGUCAAGCUUGCGCUUCAUAGUUUAGUUAACAUCGAAGUUGCGGUCAAAGUAAUUGAUAGAACCAAGUUUGAUGAAAAAACUCGACGUUUACUUUCUCAAGAACUAACAAACAUGGAACGUUUACACCAUCCACAUAUAAUUCGUGCAUAUGAAGCACAUGAAGUAUUACAACGUUGGCAUUUAGUUAUGGAAUAUGCUCCUAAAGGUGAACUUAAUUCAUAUUUAAAACGAUCCGGUCGAUUGGAUGAAAAAACGUCUAAAAAUUAUUCUUCACAAAUACUUUCUGCGCUUGAUCAUUUACACAAUAAUGGCGUGGUUCAUCGAGAUCUCAAGGCAGAGAAUGUCUUCAUCGUCAGCAAUAUGUAUGUUAAGCUUGGUGACUUUGGCUUUUCCAAAUGUGUCGCUCCAGAUGCUGCCUUAACCACGUUUUGUGGCUCUCCACCGUACGCUGCUCCUGAAUUGUUUGUUGCGGAUUCUUACACGGGGCCGGCUGUAGAUCUCUGGGCUCUUGGUGUUCUCUUAUUUUAUAUGGUGACUGGAAAUUUGCCUUUCAAGGGGGAUAGUCUACACAAAAUUAAACGUUUAAUUUUAUCAAGUGAUUAUCGAAUUCCGGCCUAUGUUACACCAAACUGUCAAACACUAAUCACAGGAUUAUUGACGGCUGCUGUUGAACGCAGAUUUACCGUGUCUCAGGCGAAAACGUCUGCUUGGUUUAGCGAUGUUGAUUGGUACCAUCUAAUGAAGCAUAAAGAUCCAACUCCAGAUGAGAUCGAUGAUGCAUCUGCUAGGUACCUACUGAAAAAAUGGUGGGAUGUGGACUCUUACGAAUUAGACAAAGCGUUAAAUGAAGGUCCUAAAAACAAACUAACUGGUAUUUAUCGAAUUCUUCGUAGCAAAGGCUUGCAAUACGAAAAGGAUCCUACUUUACCUGAUCAAAAAUAUAAGAAUAAACGAGGUCGAGUUAAACGUAAUGGUUCUUGUGGUACCGGGAAGAAUAAACCACGGCCAGCUAGCGUAUCGCAUAAAGAAUUAACGACUAUUGAUCUGAGAGAUCAAAAGUCGAUGAAAAACGGUGAAAACUCUACACGAACAUGCAACAUUUUGUAAAAAUGUAUAAUUCAUUUUUGUUUUAUUCGCCUUUCAUUUCAUUUUUUAAUUGUAAACAAUUUAUUUCUUUUCCUUUUGUUUUGUUUAUAUCACUUACUCUAAGUUAAUUUUGCAUGGAAUACAAUUUAUAACUGACUUUUGUCUAAUAUUCAACAUAACAUCAUCCUCUCUAAUAAUGUGCUGUUAUUUCUCAUACAUUUUCAAGUGUUACCAAUAACUAUCCACUACUUUUGUUCAACUUCACUGAUUAUUUUUACGAUGAAGGUUAUCGUUAAAAAAAAUGCCAUUUUUUAAAACAACUAUCAAUUUAUAUCACAAGUCUUUCUACUGCUGGUAUUGUUUGUACUGCUUAAUGUAAUGUUAAUGAUUCUUACUUAUUGUUCUUUUAUCUAUUGUUUUAUUUCCAAAUAAAAAGCGACUCAUUUUCUAUUGUUUUCAUGGCUUUCGUCAUACAUAGUCUUGGUUGCUUCAUCUACGUUUUAUACCAUAAAAACCACUAUUUAAACAAUAUAAUCAUUUGUAUUGUUAAAAAAAUAAGUUAACUUUAAUUCAUACAUUUCUACCCAUUAUUUAUACACAAGAAAUACGCAUACAUAUAGCUGUAUACAAACUAAAUCAUUCUAUUAAAUGAUUGGCUGUGAGAUAGUUCAUUCUUUGAUUGGCUGUGUAAUCAAUCAAUCGAUUGAAUGUGCUCUUUCUACACUAUGAUACAUAGAUCACGAUUAUCUAAUUAGCUAACCUUAACACCUGAUUCUUCAAUAUAUUGAUAAUCUUUUUGAAAUAUAUCUGUUAAUUUAUUUUCGACUACAUUUUUCUCUCAGUUUCUAUUUUAUGGUUUAUCUUCCUGUGAUUAUUAUAACUAUUGCUGUUACAGUUUAUUUUCUAUAAAUAAUUUCUCCCAUCUGAAAUAUGCCUUUUCUAUUGAAUUACUCUAUGAAUCGAACUUCAUGUUGCAUAAGUAGCUAUUUUUUGUUCAUUAUGUGUCAUCAAAAAUCACAAUGUUUACUUAUAUGAUGAUUAAUUAAAAUAUUAAAAAUUUAUUACUUAUUUUCAUUAUUAAUAUUCUUUUUUUUCCCUCUUUCAACAUUUUUAUCACUGAAAUAAGUUUCAAACAUAUGCAAAGAUGAAAUGAACACAUGAACUUCUUGCAUGGUAAACUUGAAUUUAAUAUCACAAAAUAAUAAUAAUAAUCACAAUAUUGAUCAUGUUUAUAAAUUAAGUAAAUUAUUCACUUAAUGAAAUGGAAGCAUGUUUAACAAAUAUGCUUAUCUCUAUAUCAUGAUGUUCAUUUUAUCAUGAAUUGCUGACAAUGAAUAUAAUGCCUGAUAUAUUAUUCUCCAGUAAAAUGAUGAGAAAGACAAAAUGAAACAAAUAUUCUUUUUUAUUGCUGCAAUGUUAAUUUUGGUAUUUUCUCUUGGUCUGUGUUUUUUUGAAUGACCUAUUAUUUUUUGCUGUUUCGUUCAUUUUUGUAAGUUUUUUUUUAUCCUGGUGUUAUUUUAUUAGACGAAUUGCAAUGAAAAUAAAAUCGGAAUCUCUUUUCUCCAUUUACAUUUUGUCGUAUAAUACAAAUGCAGUUGAUUUUUUUUCUCUACCAACUGAAUUGGAUAAUCGUAUUUGAUUUUAUGUGAAAUAAUAUGAAUGACCAAAUCGAAAAAUAAACAAUUUUGAUUACUUUUU